CGUAAAGUAAUUACUGUCCAUAACGAUGUCAACAAUUAAGAAGCAUAUUUUUACUCCCCUCGAGAAGAAAACUUUUUUGGAUAUAUUGAAAAGAUACUCCUCGGUGAUAGAGAAUAAGGAUACCGAUGGCGCUUCAUUACGCGCAAAAAAUGAAGCUUCGGAUAUUGUAACCAGAGAAUACAACGCAAGCCCUCAUGCUACCAAUCAGGUUACAAAUAAACAACUUAGGAGAUUGUGGAUGAACCUCAAGCAGCGGCAAAGGGAAGCACUGACAAAAGAACGUCAACAUCGGCUAGCUACUGGAGGAGGGCCUGCAACCAGUGAUGCAGUUGUAGACCCAGAUGUGUCUGAGGUGGCCCCUGCUCUAAUAGUUGGUAUCGAUGAUGCUGUUGACUCUGAUACAAUUCCAGUAACCGCUGACCUUGCCGUCCAAGAAGUAAAUAUGGACUUGCAGCCCGUCUCUUGUCUUCCCCCAACUUCUUCCCAAAUACCAUCCACCAGUGCAUUUUCUUCAUCACCAUUCCCAUGCGCUGUUGUUACACAAGCACCACUUGCCCUUGCCCCAACCCGGACAACAUUGACACCACCUCCACCUGGAGUAGGUCCACUACUGUCUCUCACUACAACCACUCCACCACCAGCUCUCCCUACAACCACUCCACCACCACCUCUCCCUACAUCCACUCCACCACCACCACCUCUUACUGCUUCCACUCCACCACCACCUCUUCCUACAUCCACUCCACCACCACGUCUUCCUACCCCACCUCCACGUUUUCCUACUCCACCUCUUAUUAACCCAUCAAAUACAGCUACCCAAACUUUUCAAAGGCAUAAAAGUUCUAUUCUGGAUAAGGAAUAUAAAGACAGACAGAGACGGGCUAAUGAGAUUCAUGAGUUGGAGGUUUUAUUGUUAAGAGAAAGAAUAAGAGAAGCAAAGGCGAGAGCAGACCUCGCAGAACUUCAACUGCAGCAGCAGUGUUCGUCAGAUACUGCAACUGAUGCCUGAAGAGGGGAUGUGGCAUAAUAUAAUAAAUGGAAUAUUGUUAAUUUAUUAAAUAAAAGCAUAUAAGUCAAUAUAUAAAAUAUGUUUUAUUAAAUAAUUUCAAAUACUA